AUGGCAGAUGGUGAGAAGGAGAUGACUGAUUGUGGAAAGGAGAUGACUGAUGGUGGAAAGGAGAUGACAGAUGGUGGGAAGGAGAUGACUGUUGGUGAGAAGGAGAUGACAGAUGGUGGAAAGGAGAUAACAGAUGGUGGAAAGGAGAUGACUGAUGGUGGAAAGGAGAUGACAGAUGGUGGAAAGGAGAUGACUGAUGGUGGAAAGGAGAUGACAAAUGGCGGAAAAGAGAUGAGAGAUGGUGAGAAGGAGAUGACUGAUUAUGGAAAGGAGAUGACUGAUGGUGGAAAGGAGAUGACUGAUGGUGGAAAGAAUAUUACAGAUGAUGUAAUGGAAAUGAGUGAUGAUAAUGAAGAAAUAGAGAUGACAAGUGUUGAUAUAUUUGCAGGGAAAAGAAGAAAAAAAGAUUCAGCAGAAAAAGUUACCUCGACAGUGGUCAACCAUGGCCAGGAUGAAGACUAUUCAUGCGACGAAUGUUCAGAUGACAGUACCGAUACCUGUGAUCCUAACUUCGAGUGUACUGCAAGUGAAAUUGAAUAUGUCACAAGCGAUGAUGACUUUGCUUCAACAGAUCACAAAAUAGCACGAAGAAACGAUAUAGAAAAGGAUUUUAUAGACCACGUUUCAGAUAGUGAGAUGUCGGAUGUCAUUGUUAAUGAGUGCUAUUUUAGUGAACUUGACCCUGAAUUAAACACGGAAAUAGGUACAUCAGAAAGAAAAACCAAUGAGAAUACUGAGGACACUGAGGACGAGGGUGGAACACAAAUAUUUGGAUUAUUGCCAAAAGGACAAAAAAAAGAAGGAUGUAAAAACACUUAUGAUAAACAGAAUUAUUGCACAUUCUGCAAAAAAAUGAUAAAAAGCAAAAUUUCACGUCAUCUUUUAAAUGUUCAUAAACUGGAACCAAGAGUGAGCAAAAUAUGCCUACUAACUAAAAGAUCAGACGAGCGUAGAAUCGAGUUAGAAAUGCUGGCCAAUGAAGGCAACUUCAAACACAAUAUAAAGGUUCUACAAGACCAGGAAGGAAUGCUAGUAGUGGGGAGAAGGGAAACAACAGGACGGAACAUUCAGCCUGGAGACUAUUUACCUUGUGAAUACUGCAGAAAGUUCAUAAUGAAGCAUACUCUCUGGUGGCAUCACCGAACAUGCACAGUUCGAAAGUUUAACGAAGUGAAGGAACCAGACGUAGAAAAUGACGACGACGUAGAAAAUGACCAGAAUUUGAACACAAACAACGCUGUACGACGUGGACGCCAUCUCUUACAUAGUGCAUUAAUGGAGGAGUCUGAUCCAUUCGUGAAAAAAAUGUUGGACAGGAUGCACAAUGAUGAGGUCAAGGAUGUUGUUGCACAUGAUAAGCUUAUUAGGAAAUAUGCAGCGCUGCGUGUGGAAGACCUGGGCAGUGAAAGCGACCAGAAAAUAAACGAUAUCCACAGGGUAUCACAGUGUUGCCGGACAUUAGGAAGAUUGAUUUUGCAAUGCAGAGAAAUAAACCUUACUUCGAUGAUCAAUAUUGACAGCCUCAUUUCACCAGAACAUUUUGAUCUUGUCGUCGCCUCCACCAAAUUGAUGUCUAUAGACAAAGAAAAUCCUGCUGUCUCUUUGGGCAGGUAUCUUGGAAAUAUACUGGGCCAUAUCAUUCAAGUAAAAAUUGGGGAUGCUUUGAGAUGUGGAGAGUCUGACGAAGGUAGAUGCCAUAAGGCUUCGGGCUUUCAAAAGCUGUUUGAAGCCGAGUGGAACUAUAGAGUUAACUCUGUGUGUGUAAAACGAAUGAACACAUUACAUGGACAGAAGGUGCAAACAAUUCCACUGACAGAAGAUCUGAAAACGCUCACAGCAUUCAUCAUCUGCAACAUGAACCAAGCAUCCACAGCACUGCGGGAACACCCGAUGGCUUGUGAUUGGACAAAACUUGCAAAAUUGACUAUGUGCAGGCUGAUUCUAUUCAACAAACGAAUGCGAGCUGAAGUGAAGGACUUGAAGGUUGACGACUAA